AUCACAGACUGAAUAGUCAACACUUCCGUAUUGCACAUGUCUACGGGAGAAAGGAGCAAUGUCCACCGAGUUUAGUCGCAAUAAGUUUGUUGAUUGACCGUGUAACGACUACUGUUGUACUGAACAUACAGUUUUACUUUGAGUUUUUUGGACAGGCGGUAACCAUGGCUUCCCGAGCUGGACCUCGAGCUACUGGCACAGAUGGAAGUGACUUUCAGCACCGCGAGAGAGUGGCCUCACACUACCAGAUGAGUGUCGCCCUCAAGUCCGAGAUCCGUAAACUGAACAUCGUCCAUGUUCUGAUCUGGCUCCUCUUAGCUGCCCAGGUGACAGUGAGCCAGCUGAACCUAGUGUCCCACAGCGUGGUGGCUGCUCCCUACCAGUGGGAGUACCCCUACCUGCUCAGUAUCAUCCCCUCCCUCUUCAGCUUCAUGGCCCUGCCCAAAAACAACAUCAGCUACCUGGUGAUCUCCAUGAUCAGUGCCGGUCUCUUCUGCAUAGCACCGCUCAUCUACGGGGGCAUGGAGAUGUUCCCGGUGGCCCAGCAGCUGUACCGCCACGGCAAGGCAUACCGCUUCAUCUUCGGCUUCUCUGCUGUGUCCGUCAUGUACCUGGUGAUGGUAAUCGCGGUGCAGGUGCACGGCUGGCAGAUCUACUACAGCAAGAAGCUGCUGGACGCCUGGUUCACCUCCACACAAGACAAGAAGAAGAAAUGAGGACAGAGGAUUAAAUUAUUUAAACAACUGACAAGGAAUGACUAUUGCUGCCUGCCACUGUCUGACACCACUUCUAGGCCCAUCUUCCAUCUAUAUUUGAAUUCUACAUCCCCAUCUCGCCAUCCCUAAUUGAUAGUUGUAGGACUAAUUGGAAUCCUUUAUACCACUCAGCAGGCUGUCCUGUCGUUUUCCUGGUAACCCUCUCACCUCCAUUAUCUCAUCUCCUGGCUCUGGAGCCUGUGGACAGAUUAAGACUUGAGUUGUCUGAGACUCCAGGGUUUAAUGUUGACCUGUCCUGCUGCCUUUAGAAACCCAUCCUCUUUAUAUCUCAUCCUGAUCUAUGGAGCUGGCUGCCUUAAUCUGUAAUCUGUCCCCCAAAGGAUAGUAUGCUAGCUACUGUACCUCCAGUCUUAGCCAUACGUUCUAAUUAUCUCUCCUUCCUCCACAAGUUUGCACUUGUUCACUGAUUUGAAAGGAAAUGACUGGAAUAAUAAAUAUGGUAGAAACUCCCACUAGACCAGGGACAGGCAACUUUGAUGGGGGUGGGGACCACAAGACAUCUGAACUCAUCAUGAGGGGCCGCAGUAGCUCGCGGGUCUACCUAACCUUGGGGCGGCAGGUAGACUAGUGGUUAGAGCGUUGGACUAGUGACCAAAAGGUUGCAAGAUCGAAUCCCCGAGCUGACAAGGUAAAAAUUUGUUGUUCUGCCCCUGAACAAGGCAAUUUGAAAUAAUUUGUUCUUAACUGACUUGCCUAGUUAAAUAAAGGUUAAAUAAAUAAUCUCAUCCACACAUAGUCAGAGCCUUUUGGGGGCCCUAAGUGGAAUUUUGUGUGUGUCCCACCUUACGAGCACAAAGUUUUAGCGCCCCCCCCCCUAAUGACAAUGGAGAAGGAAAAAAGUACGUUUUAGAAUUAAUUUCCUGAUAUUCUACACAAUUUGCCAUGGGGAGGACAGAUUUUGUAACUUAACUAAUUUCAUGGAGUUCUAAUCAUUUGCAAUAGGGUGGAGAGAAAUGUUUGCAGUUUUUAUUAUGAUAUCUGAGUGAGAAUGACUUACAAAAUCAAUUAGGGCUCCCCUGUCGGUAAUUCAACCAUGAUUACUACAAGUUUAGAUCGCUGGCUGGACUAUCUUACCAGUCUAAACAAAUGUUAGCUGACAUGUGCUAAUUGAGUGAAUAUCAGUGACUGACAUAACAAGAGAGAAACUGCUGAUGCACAACCAAACAUUGAAAUUGCACCUUGUGUUUUCUACUAUUCUAACUUUCAACAGUAAGUUGAGAACCCGACUGAGUUCCUCAUUUUUUUCUCUUUCAUUUUUGGAAAUGUAUUCGUGGGCCAACCUCGGACCAGCAGUUUCCCAUCCCUGCCUUGGACAGUGCCUCUGCGAAUCCAAUGUUUUUAGAUUUGUGGGUGAAAUAGUGAACGAGUGUACACUUCAGGAGGCAGGAGUUAUAAUUGGGACAUACCCAUGACUAGGUCAGGGCAUGAUGUGGCCUUAAUGAGAGGAGGCAUCCAGAGCUGAACGGAAAGGGUUCAGAGAAAGACAAGAGCAGUGGUCAGAUUGCGUCCAUAUGGUUGUGUGCUGCUGUCAAUGCACAUUUUCAUGUUGACAGUACUCAACAAUUUAAUUGUUUCUAAAUGAGAUGUACAUUGUUAAAUAACAAUAAAUGGCUAUGCUGUA